GUGGUUUCAUUCAUGCAGGACUUGAGAGGGUCGUCCCGUCCUUUUUGUUUUUCUGAAGAGUAAUCUUCUCGUGGUACCUUGUAGCCUAUGUAACUCGAGUGGCUAAAUUUUCGGGAAAUUUUCGGGGCUGCGAUGGAGUUUGCCUCCGGAAAGAAGAAGCGAUGGGUAGAGGGAUGUAGAGCGGAUCCCGCACAUUCGGCAGAAGAUUCCGCACCGAAAACCUCAUGGCGGGCGAAAACGGCCUUCCUUCCAUGGCCGUCUUCGGCCGAGGAGAUGAGACGCGUCCGUUCACAAGGCGCCGAUCCGAUGUCGAAAAGCGUCGAUGGCCGCUGCCAUCGCCAUCGCCGUCUGAAAUUAGUGCCGACACAGCGCCACUGAAGCCUGUAGAAUGAGAUCGAUUUGUCAGCUCGGAUGACUACUUCUCAUCGAGGCAAUAACUUCGAGAUUCUGCGAACAUUUGGAUAUGCUCUUGGACAUAACUCUUUCGUCCGACCAAUCGGCUACGACGACUCGUGGAGUCUCUUUCGUCGUUGGCCCUGAUACUUCCUGUUAUCGCAUUUCUGCAAGCGAGUGAGGAACAUCUUGAAAAUGAUCCUAUUGGCAGGUUUGUCCCUGAGAAGCCUUGGAUUUUUCAACAAGACGUCGAGCGGGUAGCGUGCGCCAUUCCGCAAGGCUCUCGCAAGAGAAGUUCUGCAAAGCAUUCGGAGAACGUAUUCGGAAACAGGUAGCGGAUGGACUUUGGAUCAAGAAAACGUGCAAUGCCUGAUCCGGGAUGUGCGAAUUGGGGCCUGGGGUUAUUAAGCAAUAAUUUCGAAAACUGAGACGAGGUUUUGAACUCAUAAGGGAUCACUGGAGUUGCGCAGGCCCUCCAGAAGAUACAGUCCUUGAGCCCAUUUUACCAGAAACAGAAACACGGAUUGGUGUUCUUUGAUAGGUAGAUGACAAAUAUUAUGGACUGCACAUUCUCCAGACUCCAGGUCUUCCGACAAGCUUUGUUCGCCGCUGCAUUUCUGUGGACAGGAACGCCAGGAGUUGUAGCAAGAUUCACUCCUUAUGCAAAGGCCGUGUCACUGGACACUGUACCUUCUCUGGUUUUCCAAAAGUGGAAGCUCACAAAUUAUCGAAGAAACGAGCCCAUUUAUCAACUAAAAUGCGUGUCCGGGUGCGAGUUUGAACCUGACUGGGUCAAAUGCUUCAAUGUUAAUUCGCCAGUUGACAAGGGACCAGCAUGGCGCUGUCAAGCCGACCUGCCAUCACAUCUCCAAUUUUUCACCCUAGAGGUUAUAUGCGAGGGCUACGAGUCAAAAAAUGAUAAGAGUAUACUGGAAGGAAGCUGCGGGCUUGAGUACAGUCUUAGGCAUGUAGCACCACCCAAUCCCGAGCCUCGAGGAGCGAAGAUGGCAUCAGCCGAAGUCAGCAAUCCAGAGGGUAAGAGCGAGUUACAGUGGGGCACAUGUCAAUGGUUGAUAUUGGCUACUGUCAUUUACGUUUGCUGCUAUUGUCUCUACCAAGUUGUGCAAACCGAUUUGAAGGAAGCUCUGAUCAGCACACAUCAAAAAACGACAGAGCUCUCGACCACCGGCAGGUGUGGUAAAUGCCAAAGCGCACGGGCGUCACUAUCGGAUACGCUCAAGCAACGAUAUCAUUCAGAUCUGCAGAGCUGGCAAUUUGAAACACCAUCAGAAUGUCGAAAGCCAAACGAGCAAGCCACAAGCCCACAUUUGAGAGCAACAUCGCCUACUUGCAACAGCCGCUUGAGAAGCAGCCCGCCCAGAACCCCACGUUCCCCAAGAGGAGGAUUCUUCAAGAAGCUUGAUCGGCCUUCGCGUUGUAGGAAAAGAGAAGAGUUUGACAGCCCCAAGGCUUGAAAGAGCGAUUUUAGCAACGCCCUCGUGUCUAUUGAAGUCAGUAAGACCAAGGAAGAGUACUAAAUGCCCUGUUGCUGAGUAAGUUUAUCGACGAAGCUUUAGAAGCUUUUUCCGCUCUAAAUCAAGAGCACAUUGAUCAAUACGUCCCUUCAGUAUGAGUUCUCUUCUUCAGCCUUUGACAGAGCCACAAAGGCGACAAAAGGUCGUCGAAAGUCGCAAACGUUCAAAAAUGUUCAAAAGGGCAAAACAGAGUUCAGAAUGACCACAAAUGAGUAGUUCUUACAUGAUUUUCCGAUUACAUGUUGACAGAUCACAAGAUGUACAUUAUGUAGUGGGAAGAGGACGUCUUGACCCCUAGAUGUAAGUCUUGAAUGUCUAGUUGUAAGAACCUGAAUACCUCAUGUUACUUACACUUCUAUUUUUACAACCUCAGCAGCAUUGCAUGACUUCGAUUCACAGAAAAGAACUUGAUCAAGGGAGGCGCUCAAGACGAGACUCGGAUGCCUGCCAGACAAGUAACAACACAUGCUAUAAGACGUCAACUUUGACGUCUCAUUGCAUCGCUUGCUACAACACAUGCAAUGAAACGUCAAAGGUUGAUUCAGUAUUUAUGACACACAUGAUUGCACUUUGCUAUUCGCAUGCACACAUACAUCGUUCUGAGUGAAAGCGAUAUGUAGUCCCAAUUCCACCUUUACUCUCCUCGUAAUUGUAGCAAUAUUUACACCAAUAGGAGUCGAUAUUUUUCAAAUACAAGGUUCAGUGCAGGAUGUUCUUGAAAAAACUGAAUCCUGAACCUUGUGGCCCUAACUGCUGCCGUGAAGGAGCCUCCACUGCGCAUGACGUCCACUCAAAGCCAAGCCUUUUUUACAUGUAGCUGCGUGAGCAACGGAUGACCCAGCUAGGCUAGUUAUCUCAUAAACAUCUGUACAUUUAUCGUCUCCUGUGAGUGGGAUUGGCAACAGCUCAUCAAAAUAUCUGGAAACCUUAAUCACUACAAUAAAUUGCAGAGCAUCCUGUUCUUUCUUUAUCGAAGUUCCCUGUACUUAAGACUACUCUGCAUCUGUAGCGAGGCCGGAUUCCUACCAGAGAAGAGACUUUUAAAGUAAAACACUAUCGUUGAAAUUACACUGAAGAACGCUGAAGUUACUGAGCUACUUAGGAAAGUAGCUAAGUUAUUUUGGCGGUCGCCAAAAUACCGAAAAUUGCAUCCUUUUCUUCUGAUAUCGUGGUCUCUACCUUUCGGGAGCAAAAGUCUAUAUAUGUACACCUGACGAGAAAGAUCAAGAACGCUAUUGUACACUCGGUUACGAAGUUGACUUUCAUUAAGAACCCUGUACAGCGAACUAGAGCCUUCAGACCAAACUAAUCAUCAUCGAUAUGAAUGCAUUCCAUCAAGAGUUGAAGUUUGGAUGUAAAAUUUUUUUCGCGUAGGUCCUGAAUACUUUCUUCGAGUGUUGUGUCGCACACCAGAUUACGUUGAAUCAGGAACUUUGAGCAC